CUUGCUUGACUCUUGCUGCUCCAGGGAGGAAGUCUCUGCGUCAGAGACUCAAACCACCGUCGAAAUUCUGACCCGUCGCUGUAAAUACGAUGCUCUCUGGGCGUCAUGUGAGCCACGAACUGCUGUCGGAGGCUUCGAGUAGCGGUGCGAGCUGUUAUUGAUGUCCAGACCCUAGCCGUACUUCUUCUCAUGAUGGAAUCAAAGAAGCGGAGCAAGCUGGACAUUUUCCGGAAGAAAGUUCUGCCACAUCUCCACCGGGGCAAGACAAAUUCAAACGAACAUGCCAUCCAAGCCAAUUCAAUCAUGGACAAUCGAAUGAGCACCUCUGUUCCAGACAUACGGAACAUGAGGCUGAAGUACAAUCGCGUCGAAUCCAGCAGGCAGCCCGAUCUCUACAACUCUCCAAGCCACAACAGUGUCUCCUCACUGGUCGACAGGGAAGUAGGUGGGAGUGGCCUGCAAGUACCUGGUGCAGGAGCUAAAAAGAGUGAAUACAGACGAAGCAUGCCAGACUGCACACACUGGGCUUUCCCACAGGAGUCGGUCACUGGUUUCUGUGGAGAAGAGAGAAGCUCAAUGGAGACGCAACAAAGAUUUGUUUCAGGCAUGGAGGCUGAUGAGCUGGCCCUGCCAGAGAUGAAAACUGUCUACAGCCCAGACAUGCCAGCGGAAGACCAUUCACCAGACAAUACACAGGUUGAGAUGGGCAACGAGCUUGGAAGUCUGUUGGGCAGUGUCCACGAUCGUCCGCGGUCCUACUUGCUCUCCAUCAGGCUAAAAGAAGGACACAACCUGGUUAUCAGAGACCGAUGUGGUACCAGCGACCCUUACGUAAAGUUCAAGUUUGACGGAAAAAGCAUCUAUAAAAGCAAAGUGAUUUAUAAAAACCUCAACCCUACAUGGAAUGAGUCCUUCGCUGUACCAGUAAAGGAUCUGAAUCAGAAGAUCUACAUGAAGGUGUACGACAGUGAUCUGACGACAGAUGACUUCAUGGGCUCUUCCUCUGUUCUCCUGAGUGAUUUAGAAAUUGACAAGGUCAAUGAGCUCUCUCUCUCACUGACUGACCCAAACACUUUGGAGGAAGACAUGGGCUACCUGCUGGUAGACAUGAUACUGUCGCUCAAAAACGGAAGCAGCAAGAAGAGCAUUAAGUGGCCCCGAAAACGAAGUAGUAGGGUAGGGGCUUGCCAGAACUCUCGUUUGUCAGAUUCGCUGAAGAAGAGUCAGAUCUGGACGUCCGUUGUGUCAUUGACACUGGUCAAAGCUCAGGGGUUGACCUUGGACAGUCAGACAGGUCAUCUGUUUGUUCGCUUCAAAUUGGGAGAGCAGCAGUUUAAAAGCAAGAAUCACUGCAAAGUGGCCAAUCCUCAGUGGAGAGAAAGAUUCACCAUGAAACAGUUCCUGAAUGUUCCACAAGUCCUGGAGGUGGAGCUCUGGUCCAAAGAAGCACGAAGGAAUGAGGAGCGCUUGGGGACGUGUGAAGUGGACCUGUCCCUGAUCCCUUUCAAUGUGCGACAGUUGUUUAGACAGACCCUGAGUCCCAGCAGAGGAACCUUGGUCUUCCUGAUCAGACUAAACACAUGCAGUGGCGUUUCCAUCUCUGACCUCAGUGCCGCACCGCUUGAUGAACCUCGAGAGCGACAGAACCAGCUGGAGAACUACUGUUUGAAGAGAUCGCUAACGAACCUCCAGGAUAUUGGUUGUCUUCAGAUCAAAGUCAUCAAGGCCACAGACCUGAUUGCUGCUGAUUUAAAUGGAAAGAGUGACCCUUUCUGUGUGUUAGAACUGGGCAAUGACAGACUACAGACACACAUAGUCUAUAAGACCCUUAAUCCAGAGUGGAACCAAGUCUUCACACUGCCUGUCAAGGACAUUCAUGAUGUUCUCAUGGUGUCCGUCUUUGACGACGACGGUGACAUGGCGCCAGACUUUCUAGGAAAAGUCGCCAUUCCACUGCUCUCGAUCCACAGUAGACAACGGGUUGUCUACCUGCUGAAGAAGGGGGACUUGGGAAGACUGUCGAAGGGGAGCAUUACUCUAGAGCUGGAGGUUAUUUUUAACCCUGUCAAAGCAAGCAUAAGAACUUUCAAUCCGAAGGAAAGGGGGUACAUGGUGGAUAAUCUGAAAUUUUCCAAAAAGGCUCUGGCCAGGAAUGUGGCGCGUGUAAGGGCAAUCUACGCGGCUAUCACGUCUACCCUGCAGUACAUCAAAAGCUGCUUCCAGUGGGAGAGCGUUCAGAGGAGCCUGCUGGCCUUCCUGAUUUUUCUCGUCACGGUGUGGUACUGGGAUUUUUACAUGCUACCCUUCUUCUUGGUUCUACUCAUCACGUGGAACUACUUCCAGGUCUGCUCCGGAAGAGUCAGUCAAGACGUGGACAGCAUGGAUUUGGCGGAUGAGGACGAGGAUGAUGAAAAGGAGUCAGAAAGGAAAGGUCUCAUAGAUAAAAUCCACAUGGUCCAAGACAUCAUCAUCACAGUUCAGAAUCUGCUGGAUGAGGUCGCCUGCCUGGGAGAGAGGAUUAAGAACACGUUUAACUGGUCGGUGCCAUUCUUGUCUGGUCUGGCUCUUGCGGUCUUCCUCAUUGCUGGAGUCAUCACAUACUUCAUCCCCAUUCGCUAUGUAGUCCUAAUAUGGGGUAUCAAUAAAUUCACCAAGAAGUUACGGAACCCAUACUGCAUAGACAACAAUGAGGUGCUUGAUUUCCUGUCGAGGGUGCCUUCAGAUGUGCAGAAGGUUCAGUACAGCGAACUGAAAGUUAGUCGGAAGAAGAAGGUCCUGUAGAAACGGUUGCUAAAGGGAGAAUAUUUUCUGUUCUGAUCCUGAUGCUGCCGUUGGUGGGCAUUAUGCACAAACCCACGCUGUGGAGGACGGUGUAUUCGUCUGAAAAAAUGCUUCAGGUUGUUCACUAUGCACGAAUCUCCCAGCCUAGAUCUACUUCUCAACCAAAGAAAUCUUCACUGAGGAUUCGACAGAAAUUAUUUUACAUUCAUGAAUGUUUGUGUAUUUUCUGUAGCAGCUUUUAGUAAUAUUUGUCAUGAAUGUAGGUGUAUUAUUGUAUGUACAGUUUAUAAAAUGAUCAAUUGUAGGCUGCUGUAUAUUGUAUAGUUGGCACACAAUGACACUUAUUUGGACAGAUUAUUCUUCAUAAAAAAAAAAAACUAUACAAUUUCUGGGAUCAAUGUGAAUGUCUUUUUGUGCUUUGGAAAAGAAUAAGUAAUUUUAUAAAUCAAAGCUUUUAUAUAGAAGUUGGCAGUUAUUAUGCAUUACAUUUAAAACUGGAUAUACCAUCCAUAUGUGUAAUCACUAAGUUGAUCCAAUUGUUAAUGUGAAACUUUUACACACAAGGAUAAGUGCCUGCAUUUAGUUUACGGUUUCUAUCAUGUACAAUCAUUCUCUGUUUUAUUCUUCGGGCAUGUGCUGUAACACCUUAUUUAUUAUUGACAACCACUUAUAAACAUGUGUCUUUCAGUCCUAACAACAAUAAUGCAUGCAUAAAAUCUGUAUAUUUA